AUGGCGGCGCCCGCAGAACACGUUGAACCCGAAUCAACAGAGACAGACCCUCCAGAAACGGACAAAACAGAAGAAACAAAGACCACCAGAGACCCAGACACCUCAGACUCGGAGCCUGCAGACCAGGACCCAGACCCGGAUCCUGAUGCGGAUGAGGACGAGGACGAGCCGCCCGAGCCGAAGAUCCGAGACACCCCGGAGGACAUCCGGCUGGAGGCGAUCGCCAACACGGUGGCCCUCCACCCGAGCCGGGACAUCCUGGUGUGCGGGGACGUGGACGGGGACAUCUACGCCUACUCGUACUCGUGCACGGAGGGCGAGAACCGGGAGCUGUGGUCCUCCGGGCACCACAUGAAGUCCUGCCGCCAGGUGCGCUUCUCCGAGGACGGGCUGAAGCUCUACAGCGUCUCCAGGGAUAAGGCCGUCCACAUGCUGGACGCGGAGCGGGGACAGCUGGUGACGAGGAUCCGGGGGGCCCACGGGGCCCCCAUCAACAGUCUGCUGCUGGUGGACGAGAACAUCCUGGCGACCGGAGACGACGGGGGAACCCUGAAGGUGUGGGAUAUGAGGAAGGGGACGGACAUCAUGGAUCUGAAACAGCACGAGGAUUACAUCAGUGACAUCGCCGUGGACCAGGCCAAGAGGAUCCUCCUCACUACCAGCGGCGACGGCACCAUGGGCGUCUUCAACAUCAAGAGGCGGCGGUUCGAGCUGCUGUCGGAGUGCCAGAGCGGCGACCUGACCUCGAUGGCGCUGAUGAAGCGGGGCAAGAAGGUGGUCUGCGGCUCCAGCGAGGGGACCAUCUACAUCUUCAACUGGAACGGCUUCGGGGCCACCAGCGACCGCUUCGCCAUCAAGGCCGAGUCGGUGGAGUGCAUCGCCCCCAUCACCGACAGCAUCGUGUGCACCGCCUCCAUGGACGGGUACAUCCGAGCCGUCAACCUCUUUCCCAACCGGGUCCUCGGCUGCAUCGGGCAGCACGUCGGCGAACCCAUCGAGGAGCUCGCCAAGUCCUGGGACACCCGCUUCCUGGCCAGCAGCGCCCACGACCAGCUCAUCAAGUUCUGGGACAUUUCCAGUUUGCCCGGCACCACCGUCAACGAGUACCGCAAGAGGAAGAAGAAGGACGGACGCAUGAAGUCCCUGUCCAAGAAAGCCCACGGGGAAAACGACUUCUUCUCGGGACUCGUAGAGGAGACGGAGAAGAAGGAAGACGUGGAGGAAGAGGAAGAGGAGGAAGACAGCGAUAGCGGUAGCGAUUAAAAAAGGAGUGGAUCAACAUCUCGGCUGUUUGUCGGAUUACGUGCCUCAUAACGUUCCUACUGUGGACGAGAAACACGGGAAUGUUGGGACAUAUUUAUGUUUCCUCACAAACAUAAAUAUGUGAAGCGAUGAAGAGCGAAUGUCCCAGAAGAUCUUCAUCCUCAUUGACUGUUGAUGCUCCAGAUAUCAGAACGAAUGACACUAAAAUAAAGUCGUAACUGAAGCGGUAGGGCAUCGGAAAAAAGACAAAUGUGUCCAUAACAUAAAGUCAUAAUUUAAAUUACAAUGUUGUUUUUCUUUAUUUAUGUACAGCUGCUUGUGUUUGGAAAACAUUCACAAAUUGUCAAAUGAAAACUCUUCAAAUCCAGAGGAGAGUAGUAUUUUUUGGGGGGUAUUUGUACCAAAAGUACCUCUUAGUCUGCUGGGUAAGUUUGUGGAAAAAUGUAUUUGUAUUUACAUUAAAAAAAGUGUUUUUUUUGUAUACAUUUGUGCAACUUGCUUUAAUUAUCACUACAUCAUAGUUUUGUCAAUGACAAAAUCAAAAAUAUUUGAUUUUGUCAUUGAAGCUGUUUUGACAAAAACGAGU